AUGCUCACUCCUAUCGUAUUCACUACUACUUCAAAAAGUCGUCCAUUGAUGAUACUAGAUGGCUAUUUAUACACUAGAGAUCGUCGAACUGACACAAAAACGUAUUGGCAUUGUGAAAAUCAGAAAAGUUUGAAUUGUCAUUAUCGAUUACACACAUGUAAUUCUACUAGUACUGAAACUCAUAUCUUAAUAUUAAAGCAAACUGGAACUCAUUUGACAAGUUGUAAUCGUGAUUUAAUUAAAAUUACGUUAAGAAAAUUUCGUAAAGACGUUUUGGAUCGUACAAAAAGUACUCAAGAAACAACAAAUGCUGUAUUAUCACAAUGCAGCUCAAAAUUACCUGAUCCAGCUCGCAUAAAGUUACCACCAUUAGAUCAUAUUAAAAGAACUAUGCAAAAACAACGAAAAAGGAUUGAUUUACCACCAGCUCCAAAUAAUAUGGAUUUUCCUUGUAUACCUACGAUUUUGCAAACAACUAAACGAAAUGAUAAUUUCUUACGUAUAGACACCGACCCAGAAUUUGCUCCAACUUGGAGUCCUCGAAUAAUAAUGCUUGCCUUUGAGAAAGCAGUUGCAAACGUGCUUUCAAACAAUUUUCCACAAGUUUGUCUCUCAGGAUGUUAUUUUCAUUUACGACAGAGUAUUCAUCGGAAAUUACAGGAACAAGGUCUACAAAAGAAAUCCGAAGAUGAUGUUGGCUUUGCUCAUGGUAUUCACAAAAUGGCAGCAUUGGCAUUUAUUAACCCAAAUGAUGUAAUUAAUGCAUUUGCUGAUGUUAGCACUCAUCUUGGUGACGACUUUCAAAGAUGCGUUUUUCAGUGUUCACAUUCAACUCUAUGGAAAUUCAUUGAUAAAUUAAUAUUAGAGGAAGAUUCACAAAUUCACACAAAAAUUGCUCGCGUCAAUGCUGAAGAACCAACGACAAAGAAAAAGAAAUAUGAGUAUCUCGAUAAACGCUUACUGAAUCUUGUUUUAAAUCCACAUCAAAAUGUGAUUGAUCAAAUAAGUGGUCUAGCUCAUAAUAUCAUUUUGUAA